UCGCUCAUCGCUCAUCUUUUGCGUAUCGCAUUAAAAAUAAACCUUCGCGAGAAAGAAAACGAACCUGAAUGCGACGAAAUGAACGUCCUUGGAAGAAUCGUUCGUACCACGUUCCAUUAUAGAUCAUCGCUCGCAGCUUCCAGUCGUGCUCUUCCGGCUGCGGUAAGUAAUUUCGUUCAGUAUGCUUCAAAAUCGUCGAAAUCGCCUGCGGAUGUAGGGGGAGCUGCACAGGCUGGAACUACUCCGGCUACUGCGGUGAGAAAACCGAAAACGGCACCGAAGAUCACCCUAGUCGGACCGGACCAAGCGGUAUCGAUUGUGAGUCUGGACGAGGCGCAAAAGAUUUCGAAACGACGGGACCUCAAACUAGUUAAGAUUGUCGAUUUGGACAUGAAGACACAGCGCCCCGUUUAUAAACUCAUGUCAAGCGCAGAAUACCUGGAGGAGGAUUUGAAGCGCCGUGAGGAGAAGAAACGUACCAAACAGGAAGCGGCCAUCAAAGGCGAUAAACUGCUCAACGUCAGUGCUCGGAUCACGGAACAUGAUCUUAUGUCUAAGAUUCAUCACGUCCAAAAGUGGCUCACCAAACAGUACGAAGUCCGUAUCAUUAUUUCCGGCGAUGGCGACAAAUCCAAACAGGAGGCCGUCGCUACCAAGUUCGAAAAUUGGACGAAGGAUGUGGGAAAAAUCGUUCAAAAACGCUUCCGAGAUAGCGAUUUGAGAUUUCAAAUCCUUCCGGUUAACAAUCCAGUGGAAAAUGCUCCCCCUGAGCCGUCUGCCAAGAAACCCGUUUUGGAAGCAAAGCAGUCUUCCCAUACAACAGGUGGCCAGCAGUCGUCGGUAAGAGCACUUCAUACCGAACGGAAGCUGGCGUGACAAUCAAAGACCGAGGACGAGAAAAUGCAAGCGGAUGCCGCUAGCCAACGACGACAGCGAUACAAGGUGCAGCUUAUGAAGCCAAUCGGUUUCGUAGGGCUGUUCCUUGUGGCAAAGUACACGUUUUGGUCCUACGUAUGGCAACGGGAUUCGACGAAGAGAUGACUUCUUUUAGCGGUAGUUUUAGUUUCCUAGAUUUUUAUUGUGUUAAGGAAAAUAUAGUCAGUUCAUUAA